AUGGAUAAUUCUUGGUUUAUGAUAUUGUUCUGCUUCCUCGUCUUUUUGACAAGCUCGACGAAUGCUGCGUUUAUCGAUUUUGAGAAUUGUUUGGAGUCCAAUAUCUUGAACGAUCCCGGUCAACUGCAGUUUGUCCCGAAAUAUUUUCAUGUCGUGUACGAUCCUGCACCCGGCCCAAACCCAUUGAAUAUCACCGUUUACGGAAAUGUCACUGGAUCUGCAGGGGAACCUGCUCCAGCACCAGGCUCACCACUAUGGAAUGAUAAUACAAACAACGCCGGCAAGAUCCCUAAUAUUGUCAACAAUGAUGGAAACCAGACAUACACCACCCUUUUCACAACCCUCGAUGUUCUCACCUUUACUCCAUAUGAAAAUGCGACUGAGUUCUGUCGAAACGUCACCCAAGGCAGCUGUCCUCUUGGGCCGGUUUUCAAUGUCAAUGGGAGAGAUCCAUCACAACUUCGAGCAUUUUCAAUCCAGCAUGACCUUGGUGGAUCAUACCAAUUAACGAGUUUAGCGACCACUCUACGCAUCAAGUCCGGUGACGCACAGGGAACGGAUCUAGGGUGCAUCUCUGGCAUAAUCACGCCGGAUCUGGGUGGGACACUCAAAGGAGUGUUCGCAUUUUUACCCCUUUUGGUUCUGGUGCUUCUAACCCUCGCAAACAUACUCGCCUCUACAUAUAGUCCUUGGGGUUCGACCGACAUUUAUCAGUGGACAAGCAAUAAUGGCCGAGACGAAGAUCAUUUACGACUGGUUACUCCGGGAUUCGCGGACUGCUUGCAAUAUAUCCAGUUCAUUGUACUUACCGGAGCUUUAUCUCUAAAUUACCCCGGAUAUUAUCAACCUGUUGUAUCUCGAGGGGCGUGGUCGAUCCUUAUGUUCAAUCAGAGUUUCGCAAGCCAUGGAACAGGGAUUGAUCCGAUUAUCGAUGGUGUAUAUGUUGUCAACGGAACUUAUGGCCUGGAUCGACUCAGACAAUAUGUCGGUUUGCACAGUAUAAGAGAUGUCUGGCCGGGAUCAAUCAUUUGGUUACUGGUGAUUUUGGUUGCGGUGACUGUAUUGACCCAAGUUGCUCUUGGCUCUCAGUGGAUCUACCAUCGAAUGGCUCGCGUUCCAGAAGAGGAUUUACGUUCGAAAAACAUUCCAUUCACGAUUGGAAACAUUAUUCGCAUUACAUUCAACUUUUUCCUGUUACCCAUGGUAUCACUUGCGUUAUUCCAAUUGGUGGUUGCCGGGAAAUCAAUGGCGUACUCCGUUGUACUGGCAGUCAUAUUACUCCUCAUUCUUUUCGUCUUUGCCCUCUAUAUUAUUCACCUUAUAAUCUCUGCGCGGCCUCGAGCGUACCUCUUCGACGAUCUCCCUACUGUUCUGCAAUAUGGACCUUUAUACAACACAUAUCGCGAUGAGGCCGCUCCAUUCGCCCUAGUACCUAUUCUCAUUACUGUCCUCCGCGCUGUCGCAAUCGGCGCCCUUCAACCUUCAGGUGUUGCCCAGGUUGUCCUGCUCGCAAUUUGUGAAGUGGCCAUGAUCCUACUUCUAGUUGCGUUCCGACCGUAUGCUUCUCCGACAUCGAUGAAUCUGUAUCAGUUUGUUUUCUCUCUUGUGCGCUUUUUGGUGGUGCUGUUGUGUGUUGCCUUUGUGCCGUCUUUGGGUAUUUCAGAACAGACCAAGGGAUGGAUUGGAUACGCAAUCUUGAUUCUGCACGGAGGGAUGCUGUUAUUUGGAUUUUUCCUGAACGCUCUGCAGACUCUGAUAGAAGUCGUUGCUCGUCUUGCAGGGGCUGGAGGUGCAGAAGGAGGUGCAACACGAGGUGGCCUCACAAAAGUCUUUGGUGCAAGACAACUCUCUCGACGCAACCCCCGAAGCAGCACACGUCAAAGCAUGGGUUCAGAGGCAGCAAUGCUUGCUAACAUGGACGAACGGUCAUCAGCACAAUUUGGUGGUUCUCGGGCAAGAAGUAUCUCUGGAAGCUCGGCAAUGCUUCUAAAUCGCACAGCCGUCAGCGAUGGUCGAGUAAGUAUUGCUUACGAUGCGGGUAGUGCGCAUGGUGGUCCGCAUAGUCGAACGAAUAGCGGCAUGUACACUCCAACCACACCUGGCGCCAGUAGUGCAUUUUCUCAUCAUGCCGGUUACCAACCCAUGGGCACACCAAAGAGUGGCUCUGUUAUUGGCUUUAAGCCCGAGGCGAUGGAUCCUUACUAUCGACCACCCCGUCCUCGAACGACUACCAUGGACACCCGACAGUCUGGCAGUGAAGGACGAGUGCCAGCUACAUCUGGUAGCGAUACGGAGGAUGCCGGUAUUGAAAGCGCAGGCCAACCGCUCCCCGCACACCUUGGCACUGCUCGAGACGAUCCUGAUCUGGAUGAUGGCCGACCGAACCGUAAGGACUAUGCGGUCCGCGAAGUCGACUUUUAUUAUCGAGUUCGUGGUCCGGCGCUAUCCCAUACUGGGACUCGCAAGUUGAAAACGGGUCCAGCAGAUCCAACAGGGCCCGUCUCUUCGGCAUCAGGUUGGUUCCGUCGGUUGUUAGGUGGGAAGACUAAAGAGCAAGGUAAAGGUUUUGAGGUGAUUCGAAGUGCUCGAGCACCUCCUGCAGGAUUUUCACCUGCCGAAGACCAAGAAUACCAUGAACCCUACCGGGAUGAGCCCGAAUCACAAUCUCCUGAAGUUGCUAGUGAGAGAGGUCACUCGCGAAAUGUAUCCGGCGCCACGACAACAUCCUACCACGACUCGGAUGGCGCAGAGGAAGAAAAGGACGAAGAACAGACAGAGUCUUUCCAACUGCCCCAGAUUGACGCUGGUGGGUCGAUCGAGCUUCCUAGCCGAGUCGGAUCUCGUACUAGCACACACUCCUCAAAUCGCCCUCCUGUCCCAAGAAAGAGCUCGAGGAGAUAUGGUCCUCAUGACCCCCUAGAUGAAGUUACACCGGCCUUGGUACCUAUCCCCGGUUCACCGGAUAGCGCAACACACCCAUCUCGUCGGGUACCUAGCUCCGACUUACUUCACCCAGCAAGUGAGUCUGAAGCACGACUCCCUUUCGCAGCGAGCGAAGCCGGUAGCAAGACCAGUCAAGAACGCCAUGGGUCUACAGCGUCAUCUACAUCCACCAUCCAACGGAUAGCAAGUGCUGAUCCUGGACGACCAUCCGGCAUGGGCUACGUAGCACAUCAUCGAGCAGGUGCUAGCAUCCAUCAGCUGGACUCCGAACACCCAGGCAGCACGGCAGAGCUAGUCGAACAAAGCACCGAUACCGAGUCAAGUCAUGAGGGAUCGGCUGUUUCGCGGCGAAGUGCUACUUAAGAAAACACGAUAAGAAAAGAGUCAGAAUACUAUGAUACAGACGGAUCAUGUCACGAAUUUCCUUCUAUUUUCUGGACUUUUUCACUAUAAUAUCUGAUUUAUAUCAUAAUUAUUUGCCUUUUUGAUAUUUGGCGUCUACCAUAUCUGACCAGCAUAUCUGAAUUCUUGUGCGUUUUCUUUGUUAUUGAAGCGUUCAUUAUUUCCUCAUUCUUGGAGGUUUCAGAAAAGAGGGAAAGGUAUAUGAAUUUUCCCCCCACUUUUGUGUAUAGUCUAUCCUUUUUUUGAUUCUUGUACGAUAAUAUUGUAUACGCAGCCGUGUCUCAAUCUCGGACCAAAAUAUAUACAGAAUAUACGAGGGACUUUGUAUCGCUGGAAGUCUCUCAUUCAGAUCGCUGUUUCUC